ACAUCAUCACCACCAUUCCAGUUCCAAUCCCCAUUGUUGCCCCACCAGCACCAUCAUGACAGGAAUAAUAAUGCCGACGACGUCGCUGUCUCGCCCACGACGUCCGCCGCCGCCACCAAUCCUCCUCGACCACCUUUUUCUGUUUCCGACGACAACCAAACAACGUCGGUUGAUCAGGACGAUAAGGAUGAGCCUAGAAAGGGUCAAAAUCUCGUGGGCGUCAUUCUCAUGCUACUCAUCAGCGUCCCCACCGGUCUGUUUCUCGCAUUUCUGUUGUCGAGUUUUGAAGAGCUGAAGGCCUACACCCCCAAAGCCGACGUCGUUUCGGCGUUCGUGUCGGUUAGCAAUAGUACCAACAACAACAGCAAUGGGCCUACCGCCACCGCGGGCCGAAUAUUAACAGCCAACUGGGCCAUGGUUAUCCAUCUCGACAACGACGUGAGGCGUUGUUGUCAGUCGGUCCAUCUCUACCGAGUUGAUGCCUCGGUUUUUCAUGGCGACGACGCGCUCGCAUCGACCCAGCGAUUUACCGGGUUUAACGCCCCAGAUAAAAGACGGCAGGACCACGUCACGUUUUCGGUCCAAUUGGGGGCGAAAGAAGCAGAUGUCGGCGAGAGGGUGGUGUCCGCCAUUUCCAGGGAUUAUUGGACGGAAUCGGCGGAACCGAGCCGGUUACGGUUCAAGGCUGUGAUUACGGUUUGGGUGCGGCUCAAACCGGAUAGAUUCCGUAGCCGAUUCUACUUAGCGCGGAUUAGUUGUGACCCGCUCUGGAUCGGAUCUUCUGGUAUCGUUGUGGGCACGAUCUCCAAGGAUAACCGGGAAUGCAACGUUCACGUGAUUCGAGAAAGCAAGCCAGUGUGGUUAGACAACGGUUGGGUAGCUGGCAGCUUGAUUUUUGCAACUAUCAUUGUUUCUGCAAGUCUCUGUAUCGUGGGCGCUAAGUUUGGGGUAUUCUAGCGGUUGUGUCAGAUGGUGACGUAUGAACAUAUUUGAUCAAAAGUAGUAUUAAAAUGGAUGAACUCUUAAAAAUUAAUUACUUGUGUUACACACAAAAAAAUUCUUCAUACCAAGCUGUCAUUGACA